AUGGUGAGCUGGUGUCCUCAGAGCACCUACUGUGAAAGCAAGCUGCCAUGGCAACCACGUUUGGGUAGCUUUCUGAUUUGGGCUGGCGCGUCUGUAUUUCUACAACUGGACCCUGUGAAUGGAGAUCAGCAGCUGUCUGAGAACACCACUGUUCCUACUGCAAUUAAAUGCAACAAACUAAUACGUGUGGCGUGUAAUUUUGGGCGUUGGUGCACACGCUCUCCAAACUUUGACCAGGAUAGAGCUUGGAGGUAUUGCUAG